AACCCCCAACCCCCUCAACCCCACAGCAAUGCGCCUCCCUCCCCUCCCCCUCGCCCUCGCGGCCCUUACCGCCGGCACCGCCACCGCCACAAACACCAACACCACCUACCCCGACCUCGGCAGCUUCCACAUCACCUCCCUUAGCGCGAGCGCCGGCCGCGGCAGCCCUGGCUCCACGAAAACGACCAUCGCAUUCCAGAUCCAGGAGGCAGGGAACAGCGUUGACAGCGUUGUGGACGCGUGCAGCGCGCAGUGGGACCUGAAUGGCAUUGGGUGGCCGCAUGGACGGAUCUUCUGCAACACGACGGCCUGGUCGUGGUUUUUCUCGCGCCACGAGUCGUUUGGCGAGUUCACGCUUGAGCUGACGCACGGGUACCGAGAGCCGGUGGCGGCGGAUGGACAGCGCUUCUUCCGCGAAAAGUAUGCCCGUCACAGCUUCACGAGGGAUAGGCGUGCCGGCGCCGAUUGCCAUUAUGCUGCUUCGGGCUUUUCGCAGUGCUCGUGGACGGAUCUGGACAUUCCGGUUUACAACUCGACGCUGCUGGGACCUAUUGGACCGUUUUAGAAUGGGCGGGUACUGUGGUACAUACUGUAUUGUUAUCAUUGCAUAAGUUCUUUGUGAUGACGGGUUAAUACUUAGCCUUCCCGUGGCAAAGAUCAAAGAACCUGUGUUGUAUGACGGUGGGUAAGUGGAUGCAAUAAAAGCUGGUCGUGGGCAGAGGCUCUGCUGCAGAAUCCGCCAUCCGCCAUCCGCAGUCCGCAUCCGCGCGAUGUCGGAGCCGCC